AUGGCGACGCACCUCCACCUCACUCACUCUCACUUAUCCUUUAUGGCGACGCACCUCCACCUCACUCACUCUCACUUCCUCCUCCCUUAUUACAAACUCCUCUUAACCGCCGCUCCAGAACCUCGUCUUUGUCAAUUCGGCGUCCGUCACUGCCGCUGCCUCCUCGUCACAGAUUGUGCUUCAUCACUGAAUGAAACACGAGUUACCAGUAGGAAACCGAUGAGGACCUAUGUAGAUCUCUGCAACGAUUUACGGGAAUUUAUGUCCGAUGUCGGGUUUCCUAACGCACACGUUCCUUCUUUGAAGGAGCUUUCGCACCAUGGCAGGCAAGUUCUUGCGAACCUUGUGAGAAGAAGAGGAUACAAACUUAUUAAAGAGCUUCUUGCAGCCUCACAAGAGAUUAAUCAUGAAAAUGAGAAAUUUUUAUUGGAGAUCCUGACUUGCACCUUUCCUAACGACGCAUCCUCAGGUGAUUCACAUGUGAAUCACUUGUGA